AGUCACCUGAGAUGAGCAGCAACAACCCUGCAAGGUGAUGGAUGGUCUGGAAUACUCGGGGUCUAGUGGGAGUAAGCACCAAUGUGCGCUGCACGAUUCAUCCCUCCACAUGCCAUCGGGCACACUCACCAGCAACAAGGAGAUUGGUUCAACCAAAAUCAACAAUAAUAAACGAUCAUCGACAACAAUGACCGUGUCUGAGAGUACCAAAGGGACAAGCACGCCGAUUGAAAUUAUUCUCGUUAUACAAGCACCCUUCGAAUUGGUUUGCCAUCAAUCCUACUGCCAGACAAUAUUCUGCGUAAACAGGCUGACGAUUUAUCGUUACAGACCCAUAAGGUACACAAACUGAGGAUUCGUAUAACUCGGGGUGGCCAUGCAAUCUCUAUAUUGAUUGAGUUUAAAAAUAUGAACCUGACUAGACAUAGUUUUGAUAUUUUUUCAAUGGCCGUUAGCGAAAGGAACUCUGACGACAAGCUAACAAAAAACGUAGACGCGCACUCGUGAACACCACAACAAGUCUAGCAUCUCCGCGAUCCUCCUUGGGAAUCAUACAAUUGUUGGAAAAUAGCUAGAUUCACGGCCGGGAGGUUUUCUAUACAUAGCCUUUUGGUAGAAGCUCGAGCCUCCGUUCGCAAGCCCGACAUUUCCAAAAAUUGUUGUUUAUGGC